UAAAAUAAAUGGAAUACCAAAUACUGAAAAAAAAGUCCGGAUCAUCUUCUACCUGCGUCCGGUGGGUAAACAUGCUGCUUGCAGCUAUGUCAUUGUACCAGCUUGUAUACGUGCAUUCGUAUAAGACUUGUACAGAACUUGUUGCUGCUCUGUUGCUAGAAACCACUAUCUUCGUGAGUUUCAUUUUUCAUGUCAGCACAGAGUUUAGACAGCGUGAAACUUUCAGAAGAUGUGCAAGAGUCAUUGCUUUAAUGACUUUGGGCUUGUUUUUGGUAUUCCUUUAUACAUUUGUAAACUCAAAAAGAUUCGCAACAAACAUGCGUUUCAGACCAAGGCUAAUGGUUUUUAUACUUACAUCAGUGAUGCUGCCAUUCUCCCUACUGAUUUUGCUAGCUACUGAUGUAAAAAAACCGAGGAUGUUGUACGUAUUACCUGAGAACAACAAAAUGGUUCAGCAAAGUCUGAUGGCAAAUCAGAUGUUGUAAAUCUAACUCUGGGCUAAAGUUAUCUCCA